AUGGCCAUCUGCAGCGUCCGCGCCGCAAUCAUUGGAUCGAAGCGACAAAAGCAAAGUGAAGAUGCAACAUGCUUUGCAUCCGCAGUCGCAAACCAAACAACAUGUCUUCUAGGAGACGUACAGUGCAUAUGCAGCAACCAACCCCUUAACAUAGCCAUCCAGGGCUGCGUAAUGGGCUCCUGUACUCUUAAAGAAAGUCUUUCGGCCGUCAAUAUCUCAAAUGCCAUGUGUGAUAUCCCCAUCAAGGACCGCUCCUCACAACUUAUAAUCACCAAUGCAGUCUUUGGCGCCCUCGCUCUCGUUGCCCUCCUCAUCCGUAUGUUAGUCUCCAUCCAACAGCACAUUUUCGGCAUCGACGACUUCUGCGCUGUGGUGGCGUACGUGUUUGCUGCUCCGGUUGCCUUUGGACAGUUGGCGUGUGGGCUACUGGGGUUUGGGAAGGAUACAUGGGCUGUGCCGCCGGAGAAUAUAUACUUGAUCAUGAAAAUUGUGUACUUCAAUCAGCUGAGUUACUUCAUCUCGGCCAGCUUCAGCAAGUUAUGCUUUCUCUUCAUGUUCCUACGGAUCUUCCUAGCACAACAGACUAGACAUUUUGCGUACGCUGGCAUCGUCCUAUCGGUGCUUUUUCCUGUAGCUUUUGGGCUGCCAAUGACAUUCGCUUGUAAACCUAUAUCUGCGGUCUGGACAUCGUGGGACAGGGAAACGCCAUAUGACCACUGCAUCAACCAGCCAGUCUUCUGGUUCUGUGCUGCUGGAUACAACAUCCUAGUAGAUGUCUUCAUCGUUUUGAUCCCGAUCCCAGAGCUGCUUAAGCUGAACCUGAGCCUGAGGAAGAAACUUAUGCUCGUCGCCAUCUUUAGCACUGGUGCAAUAACAAUCAUAGUGUCCAUAGCCCGCCUCUGGGCCCUCGCCCAAUAUGGUAGCUCGAACAACCCAAUCUACGACAAUAUGCUGAGCGGCAUCUUCUCGCCCUUGGAGCUCAACGUAGGAAUAAUAUGCAUGUGCAUGCCCGCCUUCCGUCGCUUCGUAGCACGCUUCCUCCCCCACUGCUUCGGCUCCACCUUCGGUAGCUCGGGCGCAAAAUACAAGUACCGCGAGUACGACGAUGACACGCCGAAUGCGAGACUGAGCAGUGGCAAGAAGAGCGGGAGGAGGGUGAAGGCGGACACGCUGGGGGGUAGUUUGUUCCAGACUACUAUCUUGAAGACGGUUGAUACACACAUCGAAGAGACGCGUCCGGAAGAUGAUGAGGUGCGUUUAAUGGAGCUGCAGAAGAAUGGGAAAGCGUCAGAUGCUGCAAGUGCGCAUGAUGUCAGUCAGCUAGCGCCAACGCAGAGUUUAUAUAAGACGCAGCAUAUGGAUACGCUGCCGAAAGAGUGGUGA